AUGGAAUGGAUAGGGCGUGUGGGAUGUGUUGAACUUGUUCCUAUGCUGAGCAGGGUGUUUCGGAAGCGGUGGGUGGUUGGGGUGGAUGUGGGGAGGCGUUUCAAUUCGUCUUCUAACCGAUGGGUUAAUAGGCAGCAGAAUGAUUUCUAUACGAAAGAGGCUAAGGUACAGAAUUUGCGGUCUCGUGCAGCUUUCAAGUUAAUUGAACUUGAUGAUAAGUUUCACAUAUUUAAGAAGAAUUGUUCGCAGCGAGUGUUAGACCUUGGGUUUGCACCUGGGGCGUGGUCGCAGGUAGCGUACGAUAGAACUCUGCCUAAUGGCAAGGUGUUAGGUGUCGACAUACUUCCAUGCAGGCCUCCCAAAGGCGUUAGUUCGCUUCAAGCCAAUAUACUUUCUAGAAAGACGCAUGAGUUGAUAAGGCUAUACUUUUCGCAAUCUUUCAAGUUUAACAGACAUGAUAAUUUAGACAAGAAUUAUGGGUACUUCCAGCAUAUGCUUGAAGAGGAGCUUUCUAGGUCAAAAAAUAGUUAUGAAUAUAAGGAUACGGCCCUGGAGUCUGAAAGCCCAACCGUAGCAGAAUAUCCAUUGGAUGUUAUCAUCAGCGAUAUGUAUGAACCCUGGCCCCAAACUACUGGUUAUUGGAACAAUUUUACUAAUGUUGCAUAUUACAGGAUGGCGAAUACCACAGGUUUAGUUAUUAAGGACCACUAUAUGUCAAUGGAUCUUUGUGAUGCAGCUUUACUUUGUGCAAUUGGAUUACUGCGUCCUGGUGGCUCUUUUAUUUGUAAGUUAUAUACUGGUAAAGAGGACAUACUAUUGGAGAAUCGGAUGAAACAGGUUUUCAAAAAGGUUCGUCGGUCCAAACCAAAAGCCUCACAUAAAGACUCCAAGGAAUUAUACUUUGUGGGUCUUGAUAAGAGAGAAAAUGUUGAUAGGUUUGAGGUCUUUACAUCACCCUCUGAGUGA